CCCCUCUGAUUCAGAUCGCGGUACUCACGCCGAGAGGAAGCGGAGAGCCAGGCUGAGAGAGGAGCUGCAGGUUGGGCGGCUAGCGUCUUUAACUGCCGGAGAAGUCGUGUGUCCAUGUUUACGUUAUUAUAAGGCAACACAGGACGGAUCAGAUUCUGUUAAGCCAGCACUCUCGCUGUAUUAUCGAAGUACUACAGCAGUUAAAUCAGUGAUCGAAAGGAAGGGGGGUAGUCGCUGUGCUCUCCGCCGUAGUGGGUUCCACUGACUGCAGGCAGGCGCGAUGCUGCUGACCGUGUUUUGCGCACCGAGGGACCGCUCCGAGACAACUUUCGCCCUGGAAGUCUCUCCGGAGCUUGAACUCAGGGAUUUCGUGGCUCUGUGUGAGCUUGAAUCAGGAAUACCUGCCGGGGAGAUUCUGAUCUCCUAUGCAGAGCAACCUUUGAGAGACCUCACCCGGGCCCUGGGGAAUUAUGGACUAAAGGAUGGAGAUGUGUUGGUGUUAAGACAAGCAGACAGAAGACCACCACCAGCAGCAGCAGCAGCAGCUCAGCCUUCCUUCCCAGGACUGCCGCGCAUUGAUUUCAGCUCCAUCGCAGUACCCGGUACCUCCUCAAACCAACGCUCCACCAGACAGCAACCCAGUGCUGCCCAAACACCACAGGCCACUUCCCCUGCCUCUUCUCCUCAGGGUUUGGACAACCCCACCCUUUUACGUGAUAUGUUGCUUGCCAAUCCACAUGAGCUCUCUCUGCUGAAGGAACGUAACCCACCUCUGGCCGAGGCCCUGUUGAGUGGAGACCUUGAACGCUUCACAAAAGUGCUGGUGGAGCAGCAGCAGGAUCGGGCUAAAAGAGAGCAAGAAAGAAUCAGACUCCUCACAGCUGACCCCUUUGAUCUGGAGGCUCAGGCCAAGAUUGAAGAGGACAUCAGGCAGCAUAAUAUAGAAGAAAACAUGACCAUAGCAAUGGAAGAGGCACCCGAGAGUUUUGGCCAGGUGGUCAUGCUUUAUAUUAACUGCAUAGUCAAUGGACACCCUGUUAAGGCCUUUGUUGACUCAGGAGCUCAGAUGACCAUUAUGAGUCAAGCCUGUGCGGAGCGGUGUAACAUCAUGCGUCUCGUAGACCGUCGGUGGGCUGGGAUUGCAAAAGGCGUGGGCACACAAAAGAUCAUUGGCAGAGUACAUUUGGCUCAGGUGCAGAUUGAAGGGGAUUUCCUGCCAUGCUCCUUCUCAAUUUUGGAAGAUCAGCCUAUGGAUAUGCUGCUAGGACUUGACAUGCUAAAGAGACACCAGUGCUCCAUUGAUCUGAAGAAGAGCGUGCUCCUGAUUGGCACGACAGGUACAGAGACACGCUUCUUGCCUGAGGCAGAACUGCCUGACUGUGCCAGACUGGCAUACGGGGCAGAGGGGCGAGAUGAAGCCAGACCUGAAGAAAUUGCAGACCAAGAGCUAGCAGAGGCACUACACAGAUCUAUACAGGACAGUGAUACUGCAGAUGGAAAAACUACCUCACCACAGUCCCCACCACUGUCUCUUUGCAAACCUUACAACAUGCCCACAAGCUCUUCACCUGCCACAAGUCAUACUCGGAGUGUCGCCCUUGACCGCUCCAAGUCUGCCCCAUCCUCCACACAACAGCCAUCAGAGACAUUAUUCAGUCCAUCCCUAACCCAGGGAGAAAGUAAGCCACAUCCGUCUGUUAGCCCUGGCAUGGCUGAAUACCACCCACCUUAUCUCCAAGAAGAGCCUGUGUCAUCCCCACCUCAGUUAUUGGCUGAGCCUUCCCCUCACAAUCCUGUCCGUGGACUGGUUGAUGCCUUUGAACCUCAGUCCCAACAUGUGACUGAUACUGCAUUGCCUACCAGCGAGGCAACAGAAGAUCUUAUCCCACCCAUUCUUCCUGCUCAGGAACCACUCUCUAGUACUGUGUCAAAGGACAAUGAAGUGACAAACCUUGUAACUUGUGGUGAGUCCGUGAGUCAGUUGGAUGCAGACGUUAGGGAGGACAUUCCCUUACAAGAGAAAAAAGACACGGAAUCUCCAUUUACCCACCUAAAUACAAGCUCCCAGGCAGGAGCUCAGCUGGAGGAAAUGGACAUGCUAGAUUCUACUGAUGCAAAAACAGGUCUUGACAUUCCUGAUCAGCUCCUAGAAAAAGAACAAGACAGCAUUAUGAAAGAUGUUGCAAACAAUCAAGUACAUGACUCUACACCUGUUUCAGAGCUGACCCCUCAUCACAGCCUUGCAGGUCCAUCCAGUUCUUCUGAGCUGCCUCCUAUUCACUCAGAGAUGGAGAAGAAUACGGAUGCUAGGUCUGUCUCAAAGAGUGCAGUGCCCUCAGAGAGGGACCAGUCAGGGGUUGACUGCAUUCCUUCCCUGGCUCAGGCCCUGAAGGAGCUUCAUGAACUUCUGAUGUCCAACAGUCAUCCUCAGGCUUGUGAACAGUUCUCUCCAUCUGCUUCUCAUACCACUUUAACAAGACAAGAUUCUGAAGGUGUGGACCAGGUUCUUACCACAGAAGAUCAUGCUAGUCUGGACUCAGCUGUUGAAUCAUCUUUUUCUCGCACUGCCGCUACCAAUGAAACAACUUUUGCCAAAUCUGAACAUGCUGUUCAAGCAGGGGGUGGAACUAUAGACACACCUACCUUAAGCUCUCAAGGGCAGGACGAUAAACAAACGAAUGAAGUGGAGAAUACCAGAAUUGAACAAGACACGUCACAGUCUCCUUCAUAUAACCCUGAAGAAUAUCAGGUGGGUGGAAACGGGGGUGGAAGUGUCUCGGAGCCAAAAAGAGCAACUCCGGUACAGGGUUUUUUUGAGUUCACAGAGGCUCCUGAAAGUCAGCAGGAAAGUGGAGAUGCAAACUCUAGCCCCGAUCCCCCCAACUCAGCUGAACCAUCACAGCAGCGCCCCCUGUCCGUAGCAUGUGGCUCCUCCGCAGACAAUUCCAGCCUUGUGCCUGUAGCAUCCAGUCAUCUUUCGACACAAGCCCCCGAGUCGACUCCUCUCCCCUUUGCAGACUCCAUCCAGCCUUCCGCACUGACCUUAACGAGACAGUAUCCUGCAGAGCAUAUUGAGAGGAUACAGGCGGCGGGGUUCUCGUCUCUUGAGGCAGCUGAGGCACUUGACCAGGCCGAUGGUAGUGUGGAACUCGCCCUUUUGGUGCUCCUGGCCAGAAAGAUCACUGUGCCCACUUAAAAUUCAUUACAUUUAUGUAAUGGCAGCAUCAAUUGGUUUCUGAGCCUUUCGUAUUAAUGCCAUAUCCCCUUAUUUGUUUAUAGUUUUGUUUCUAGAAUUUGAUUAAUUCAUUCAUAGUUCCCCACACACACAAUGGUCUUGAAGGAGCUGUAAAGGAUAUUCUCUGCUUUGCUGGUGUAAACUUUUUCACCUCCUUCUGAGUUUUGCAUGUUACCUUUGCGAAGUUCUAAAAAGCUGCUGGUUUAAAUAGUAUGGUUUAAAUAAGUUUAGAUAACCCUUUUGACAGACAUCAUUGUCUUGCCUGUUCUUUCAACAAUAAUUUUAUGCUAAUUUUACUUAGCAUGUAAAACAAGUCGUUGCUUUGCCCAUGCAGUGAAGCUGCCGACUGCUGAUUUAUAGUUUUAAGAUGAAGUAUGAUACAUUUUAUGGAGUAUGAAAAAAGCCCUAAUUAGAAUGGUCUUGAAGAUAAGCGGAUAUCUGAAUAAUGGAUAUUUUUUAGUUAAACGUAAUUUUCUGUGUCCACACAAUUAUCCCUUACCUCGUUGUACUUUUUUUGUUUUUAUUCUAAACACAGGUUAUGGUGCAUAUAUUAAGCAGUCUUUGGAAAUCUGUAAGCAGACAUACUUAAAUUAUGGGCUAUGUUUUUGAAAAUAUGGAUGUACAGUAAACUGGUUCUUCUGUCAGUUUUAUCUUUUACUAUGUGGACAAACUAAACAAUGUGCCUGAUGUAUAGCUGUUUAAAGCUGAAGACCUUUUAAAAGUGCAUCUAGAGCAAGUUUCCCAAGUGGUUUACAUUUAUGGCGACAAAAAGAUUUACAAUGGUGAAUUGGCAUAGUGAUUCUUUAACUAGACAUAAUUAUUGAAAAUGAUCUUUUAACAAAAAGUGCAUCUAUGGGAAUUUCUCCCUUUUGUAACCUGCAAUAAUAAUUAAAUAUUGUACUUUCCAUUUCACUUUGGUUUCUAUAUUCUAAUUAUUUAAUAUUUGCCAAUCCUGUAUAACUUGAUAAUUGUCGGGGUUGUCAUGUUUGAAUUGGUUGCCUUCAAUAUUAAACAAUAGAUUUGUCUAAUUUGACUUCAUAAACCAUUUUUCCAUGUGUGUGAUGAAGAAAGCGUUAUUAAGUGUUGUCAGCAUGUUUUUUUUCUGUAAUCAUUGGAUACAUAGUAAUGCAUUGUGAGAGGAAGGGGAAUCGAUAUCAGUUCUAAAGCUUUUGAUGGGCUUUAUUUUAUCACCAGACAUCUUUACUUUCAGGGAUUUAAAGUAGACUUCAGUGCUAACAAAUACACCUAAAGAGUGGAGCAAAGUUUGGGGUUUGGUAUUGUUUUUGGUCCAUCUGCCUUGAAACAUCUUUAAUUAUUUGGCAUUGGGUGAUGUCAUUCAUUUUUCAUUCUCUUAAUUCAGCAUUUUUUUUGUCUUGACUACAGUGAUGUUGAUAAAUUCUGUCAGUCCCUGCCCAGCUGUGUUGCAUCAUGUCUAAUCUUUUUUUUUUUUUUUUUUGAGGGGGGUUGGUGGGGGUAGCCUCUGGGUUCUGUAUCAACUGUGUUUAAACUUUUAAUUACAUUUAGUUUGAUCUUGUAUACAGUUUAAAAACCAAAUAAAGAAAAAGUGAUUCUUUAUAAAGUGUAAAUGUGUUUUGUAGGAUCUGAAGAAAACCCAAUAAAUAAUAA